AGGAUCCCAGAUAGCAAGAAUCGUGCUGGGAGAGAGGCCCUGCUGCACGGUUUGAAAGGAAAAGGAUUGGAGCUGGAGCCAUGAGUGACGUUAUCUGAUGGAAAGAGGGAGGGAGAAAGAGAGACGGCUGUACUCCAUUAGCUGAAGCCGGAGGAGACCCUUUGGGAUACUUCACUUGGACGAGUUCUUUGGGAUUUUCUCUUUGAACAGAUCUAGAUACAUUAUUUAGAAGAAAAAAAACGCGUUGACUAUCGAAACCUCGGAAGUUUUAGUGGCUUUUUGGAUUUGGGUUGGUGUAUUUGAGAAGGAUGGCGCUGGACGGUAUACGGAUGCCCGAUGGCUGCUAUGCGGACGGGACGUGGGAACUGAAGAUGCAUGUGACAGACCUCCACAGGGACGUGUCUUUGAGGGUCACCGGCGAGAUCCACAUUGGUGGGGUCAUGCUCAAACUCGUGGAGAAACUUGAUGUGAAGAAGGACUGGUCGGACCACGCCCUGUGGUGGGAGAAGAAGAAGACGUGGCUGCUGAAGACCCACUGGACCCUGGACAAGUAUGGUAUCCAGGCAGACGCCCGGCUCCUCUUCACCCCCCAGCACAAGCUGCUGCGCCUGCAGCUGCCCAACAUGAAGCACAUGAAGGUCAAGGUCAACUUCUCUGACCGCGUCUUCAAGGCCGUGUCCGACAUCUGCAAGACUUUCAAUAUCCGUCAUCCAGAGGAGGCAUCUCUACUGCGUAAGCCCCGUGACCCCAAGAAGAAGAAGAAAAAGCUGGAGGAGGCUGAGGAGGAGGCUCUGGAGCUGGAGGGGCCACUACUCACCCCUGGAUCAGGUACCUCUGAGAUCAUUUACAUUGGGCCGGUCAAAGGGAGUAUCUACUCCAGUCCCGGCCUGUACAGUAAGACCAUGACCCCCACCUAUGACUCCAGAGACGGCAGCCCCCUGUCCCCCACCACCGCCUGGUUCGGAGACAGCCCCCUGUCCGAGGGCAAUCCCAGCAUCCUCGCUGUCAGCCAGCCAAUCUCCUCGCCCGAUAUCCUGGCCAAGCUCUACAAGCCCCAAUCCCUCCUGGACAAGGCCAAGAUCAACCAGGGCUGGAUGGACUCAUCCAGGUCACUGAUGGAGCAGGAUGUCAAGGAGAAUGAGGUGCUCCUCCUUCGGUUUAAAUACCACAGCUUCUUCGACCUCAACCCCAAGUACGAUGCCAUCCGGGUGAACCAGCUCUAUGAGCAGGCCAAGUGGGCCAUCCUGCUGGAGGAAAUAGAGUGUACUGAGGAGGAGAUGAUGAUGUUCGCCGCCCUGCAGUACCACAUCAACAAGCUGUCCAUCAUGUCGUCAGACAACCACAUGAACAACAGUGAGAAGGAGGUGGACGAGGUGGACGCUGCCCUGUCAGACCUGGAGAUCACCCUGGAGGGAGGCAAGACCUCCAACACCCUGGGUGAUAUCACGUCCAUUCCUGAACUGGCUGACUACGUCAAAGUCUUCAAGCCAAAGAAACUGACACUGAAAGGCUACAAGCAGUACUGGUGCACGUUCAAGGACAUCACAAUUUCCUGCUACAAGAGCAAAGAGGAGGCUCAUGGGACACCCUCUCUCCAAAUGAAUCUAAGAGGUUGCGAGGUGACACCAGAUGUCAACAUCUCCGCUCAGAAAUUCAACAUCAAGUUGCUUAUCCCUGUAGCUGACGGCAUGAACGAGAUCUGGCUGCGGUGUGACGCUGAGAAGCAGUAUGCCCACUGGAUGGCGGCAUGCCGCCUGGCCUCUAAGGGGAAGACAAUGGCAGACAGCUCCUACAACCUGGAGGUCCAGAACAUUCUAUCCUUCCUCAAGAUGCAGCACAUGAACCCUGACCCCCAGUUCAUUGCGGAGCCAGCCGUCACCAACGACAUCAACUCUGAGUGCCUGGUGUCACCGCGCUACCUGAAGAAGUACAAGAACAAGCAGCCAGGCUAUAUCAGGGACCUGAUUUCGGCCCGGAUUCUGGAGGCCCACCAGAACGUGGCCCAGAUGAGUCUAAUCGAGGCCAAGAUGCGCUUCAUCCAGGCGUGGCAGUCCCUACCCGAGUUCGGCAUCACUCACUUCCUGGCCAAAUUUCAGGGCGGGAAGCGGGAUGAGCUGAUCGGCAUCACCUACAACCGUCUGAUCCGGAUGGACGCCAACACCGGAGAUGCCAUCAAGACUUGGAGGUUCGCCAACAUGAAGCAGUGGAACGUCAACUGGGAGAUCAAGAUGGUGACGGUGGAGUUUGCAGAUGAGCCCAGCCUGGCCUUCAUCUGUGCGGAGGUGGACUGUAAGGUGGUACAUGAGUUCAUCGGAGGCUACAUCUUCUUGUCCACGCGUGCCAAGGACCAGAACGAGUCUCUGGAUGAGGAGAUGUUCUACAAGCUGACCAGCGGCUGGGUCUGAGUCUGACUACCCUGUGCCAGGGGUCAGAGGUUAGGGGUCAUUAGGGGAGGGAGGGUGGGGGCUAGAUCUUAUGAGGAUUUUAUUUGUUAUAUAUUUUUGGUGGUUUUAUUUUGGAACUGUGCUAAAGAGGCCGACACGGCCGCCCACUAUCGUCAUUGUUGUUAAAAAGCUGACACCCUUUAUUUUUUGUUGCAUUAACGCUGACAAAGGUAUUUGUAAACACUAAUAUUUUGCGCAAUGCUGCAGCCCAGAUGAUCUCUGAACUCCAACCCCUGCCUGUGGCUCCCCCAUCGCCCACAUUAUUUGACAGGAAGUUGUUUUUUCCCAUGACCCCUCUCCACUCCCCAUCCCUCUCCAAUGCACAGGGGACACCGGCCUCUUCCUCAAGCAGCGAUCUCAAAGCUACGUCCAUGAGAACCUAUCACAUCAGAAGACCUCUCCCUCCCAAAGACUCUUUCUAAAUCCCUCCCCCUCUCUCUCUCCCCCCCUCUACUCCGACUCCCCUGAAGGAACUGAUCAAAUUGGCCCAUCAGCCACUCCGCUACGGCGUCAUCCUAAUCCGACCAGACCACAAAAUCAUGUAUCAGUGUUUAUGAAGAAUCACAUUAUUUAUUUAUCCCUGUUUUUGUUUUGCUGUUUUAAUUAGUUUUUGAAGUGGCCUGUGGUUUGCCUUACAUGCUACUCCCGUGAUAUGAUACUCUUUUUAAUUUAUGCUGCAGAGUGCCACCUCACUCUCACGUAUCGUACACCCAAGUAUUUACUCCAUUUUGUAUAAAUAUAGGCAGUAGCAAUCAUCAAAGUAUGAGUAUCGGCAAAACAGCAACACACUUUUACUUUCUCAGCAGAGACAGGAAGUGAUAUGAGGUAAUUUCCUUCCGUCAUUAAGGAAAGGCUGAGGAACACAUAGCUCAUGGAGAAACUCUGGCACCGUGUCCUCUCCACCCAAUGAAGGAUUUUUCACUUUGAUCUAACUAGUCCAUAUGAAGUCACAUGUAAGCACUUCUCCAGUGUACAUAUUAUCCCUUUAUGAAUAAGCUGUAGUAGUUAAAUUAAUUUGUAGUUUUUGAUGGUGUCUGAGCAUACCUCCAGUGGUAAUGUCCUCUCCGAUGUGUUCAGAAACUCUAUAGUAAUCUGUGUGAAACACUACAUACAACAGCUAACAAGUGUGCUUGAAGAGUUUAAAGAAGCCUUGGUGCACACCUACAGUAGUGCUUCCCUGUUGUCUGCAUUAGUUAGUGUGUCAGCACAACAGGGUCUGAAUAUACACAGAGCUCAACCAGGGUGAAUGUCCUGUAAUGUGUUCUGUAAACACCUAAAUAACCAUGCCUAGUUCCCAUAGCUACCCUCAAGGUCAAAGAUGUCAGUGUGGUGCUUAAUCAUCUAGAAGGGGUCACUCAAGGAUACUCUUGUUUGAGAAGUUAUUUUGAUGGUUCAUGUUCUAAAGCAAUUACUGAAAAUGCAAAUUAGAAUGUUAUUGUCAUGGAAUAUGUGGUGCCAUGAAGGCUUGUUGGCCAAAUGAUGUGGCUCAGAUACAUGCUGCCAGCCACAUAGGGUUGUCAGAUGUCCACAGCAUAUAGGAAAGGCCUCGGCUCUGCCUUGAGACUCAGACCCUUGCCAUUGCAUUGUGUAUGUAUAGUACAGCUGGAGGGAUACUACCAAUAAUAACAGCGUUCCCAAGUGCUGCCUACUCCUUUACAUUAUUGCCAUUCUGUAUCUUACACCGUAUAGUGUUAUUAUUCAGUACCGUUUUCAUUGUUACGCACCAGCAAUAGGUCACCAAGUUUGAAGAAUGAAUUAUGCAAAGUCCGUGUUUCUUUUUUCCUCAGUAUGAAGGAACGUUAAAUGAAGUAUUCGUUUUUUGUAACUAAUGUAAAAACACAGGUUUUAUUGAAUUGUACAGUUGUUCUUUUGUUGCUGCUUUUGUUCUUGUUUUUUUGGAAGUGUAUUUUUGUUUCCAGAAAAGAGGGGGGAAGCCAUUGGUCAACAUUGUGUAGAAUGAAGAUUUGUGCCUGCCAAUGUUAGUCUUAUUGAGUUUUUAACAUGAUCUAUAUAUGAAGAUAACACUAGUCUCAAACUCCAGGUUGGUAGGAGUUUAAUGAAGAUUUGUCUCACACUACAUAGUAUUAUUAUUUCUCAGAAACAUUGAUAAAAUGGCUUUUCAAUGUACUUUUUUUCUUGUUGCCUCUCCUAUAAGCAGAAUUACAUUGCUAUUUUCUAUUCUUGCAUUUUUUGGCACUGAAUUUGCGCUCUAGAUCUGUGAACUUUCACCAAUGAAACAUCCCUAGGCUACCAAACCCUUACUCUGUUCAGUGCCUUUAAAAAUAUAUAUCACUUAAUUUUCUGAUUUGAUCACUAUUGUAGCUUUUCUUUAAACAGUGUUUUUGGUAUGAAGGAGACCCUUUUAGUUGAGGUAGACCCUGGAGUUUGAGACAAACGGGCGUAAAUGAACUGAAGUAAGAGAAGCAAGCUUAGCCAAUUUCUUUCCUCCUAGAAGGUUUUUUUUUUUUUUUUUUGCCUCCAAUGUCCAGAGCAGCAGUGCAUGGCCUGCUGUUUUCAGACUGUAAAAAAAUGCAUUUAUUUUAAGAAAUAAAAAUACUUUCUAUUUAA